AGCUGGGGAAUGAACCAGUGGGUGGAUGAUCUCUCUGUCUUUUCUUAUCACUUUGCCUGUUAAAUGAAUGUAUGAAUCUUAAAGGAAACACAAAAUUGAGUGCUGGUCAGGGUGAGGAGCAGGUAAAGGUUUUAGUAUUGCCAGCGGACUUCAGCAUGCUAAAGCCACUUAGGAAAACAUUUUGACACUUUUAAAUGAAGUUAUAUUUCAUGACUCAAUAAUUUUGUCUCGAUAUUUAUCUAAGUGAAAUAAGACUGUUCAUACAGUAACUCAUCCUGAUGUUCAGUCAUGUUAUUCAAAUCAUCAAAAUGACACAGUCUCUAAAAAUUCUGGCAAAGGAGUAAACAUUUCAUCAGCAUAAAGAAUAAAGUGCUGGUCCAUGCAAGAAUAGUUAAUAUCAAAUGAAUUUUACAGGUGGAACAUACCAUACUGCAAAGGCUAUGCACUCGAUGAGAUUACCCAUGUAGCAUUCUGGAAGGUCUUCAGGGUCAUGGGGUCCUUGAAGAUGGACAGUUUUCAGCUGAAGAUAAAAGUCCCUUGAGCUAGAAGAUGAGCUAGGCAGCAUAGACAAGAUGAUAGAAUGGAAGCUGGAAGAAGAGGGAUGGGUUGGAGAGUUUAACUCUCCCUUGAGCUCUGUUAUAUGGAAAUUGGUCUGGUGAGAAUAAAGGCAGGGCGGAGAACACAAGUGUGCAGAAACAGAUCAGUGCAGAGGACACAUUCUGAAAGGGAUGAAAUGAGCAGCACCGCGGGGUCACUGGGGCAUAACACAGGCUUAAGCAGACCCAGUUGAAGUCCUUUACUUAGGUUCCACAUUCCUACCGGAGAAAGCAGAAGCAGAAAGUUGUAUCUUGGAUGGGUUGGCAUGCCUUGGGGAUGGGAGAUGGAGCUGAAAGGUAAAGAAGCCAAGAGUCCUUUUUGGAGCAGUGAGGAGCAUCAUUUAAAUGAGGGAGCCGGGAAACCCAUGUUUUGGUAGGAGGCUUGUUAAAAUAUCUUAGUAAAUUAUUAGGACUUUUGACUUGUCUUAACGCUAUGGGGUUGUUUUGUUUUCCCAAAGAAAUAUCCUUGGGCCCUGUCAAGGGUCUUCUGUUAAGAUAAAGAAGGUAGUGGAAAGCAACCUCCCUGAGCCAUUCUGGCCCUAAAUGGCUGCGGACUCCGGAAGACCUGCAGCCCCAUCUCCGCCAGAGCAGACCCCUGAAGAGGACCUCGUGAUUGUCAAGGUAGAGGAGGAGGAUCAGAGUUGGAACCCAGAAUCUACUCCGCAUGAAAAUAACCCUCCUGGCCAAGAGCUCUUCCGCCUGCGCUUCAGACAGCUGUGCUACCAGGAGACACUGGGACCCCGGGAAGCUCUGAUCCAGCUCCGGGCGCUUUGCCAUCAGUGGCUGAGGCCGGAUCUGAACACCAAGGAGCAGAUCUUGGAGCUGCUGGUGUUGGAGCAGUUCCUGACUAUCCUGCCUGGGGAGCUGCAGACUCUGGUUAAGGAGCACCAAAUAGAGAAUGGAGAGGAGGUGGUGACCCUGCUGGAGGACUUGGAGAGGCAGGUUGGCAUCCUAGGAAGGCCAGUGCCGGCUCGUCUGCACGGACGCAGGGUCCUCUGGGAGGAGGUGAUGAGUUCGGAAUCUGCACCAGAGCCUCCGAGUACUCCACUCCGGGCUGCGCCAAUCCAGGGUAAGUCUCCAGUGUGCCAAGGCUUGCAGCAGAGAGCCUUGUGUAUUUCUCAGAGUCCUGCCCCUUCUCAGAAAGGAAAUUCUGGAGACCAGGAAAUGACAGCCACACUGCUUUCAGCGGGCUUCCAGACGUUGGAGAAGAUUGAAGACAUGGCUGUGUCCCUUAUUCGAAAGGAGUGGCUUCUUAAUCCAUCGCAGAAGGAUCUGAGUAGAGAUAGUAGACCAGAGGAUUGUAGAAACACGUUCUCCCUGGGUGGUGAGACCAGGAAUGAGAACAGGGAAUUAGCUUCAAAACAGGUAAUACCUACUGGAGUCCAACCACGUGGAGAGACAGCUGCCAAGUGCAACGGGGAUGUUUUCAGGGCUCUUGAACGUGGAGAAGCCCAAGGUCCUCUGGGCAGAUUAGAGAGGCAGCGGGGAAAUCCUACACAAGAGAGACGACAUAAAUGUGAUGAAUGUGGGAAAAGUUUUGCUCAGAGCUCAGGCCUUGUUCGCCACUGGAGAAUUCAUACUGGGGAGAAGCCCUAUCAGUGUAACGUAUGUGGUAAAGCCUUCAGUUACAGGUCAGCCCUUCUUUCCCAUCAGGAUAUCCACAACAAAGUGAAACGCUACCACUGUAAGGAGUGUGGUAAAGCCUUCAGUCAGAACACAGGCCUCAUUCUGCACCAGAGAAUCCACACCGGGGAGAAGCCGUAUCAGUGUAAUCAGUGUGGGAAAGCUUUCAGUCAGAGUGCGGGCCUCAUUCUGCACCAGAGAAUCCACAGUGGGGAGAGACCCUAUGAAUGUAAUGAGUGUGGGAAAGCUUUUAGUCAUAGCUCACACCUCAUUGGACACCAGAGAAUUCACACUGGGGAGAAGCCCUACGAGUGUGACGAGUGUGGGAAAACCUUCAGGCGGAGCUCACAUCUAAUUGGCCAUCAGAGAAGCCACACCGGGGAGAAGCCCUACAAAUGUAAUGAAUGUGGGAGGGCCUUUAGUCAGAAGUCAGGUCUUAUUGAACAUCAGAGAAUCCACACUGGAGAAAGACCUUAUAAAUGUAAAGAAUGUGGGAAAGCUUUCAAUGGGAACACUGGCCUCAUUCAGCACCUGCGAAUCCACACAGGGGAGAAACCCUAUCAGUGUAAUGAGUGUGGGAAAGCCUUUAUUCAGAGGUCGAGUCUAAUUCGACAUCAGAGAAUCCACAGUGGAGAGAAGACUGAAUCCGUGGUCGUUUAGGAAAAGCUUGUCAUAGUUUGAGCAGUGUUCAGCAUUAGGGAAAGCACGCACUGAAGAUCUUCAGUGUAGAAAGGCACAGUCUGAUUAUUGCAACCUUAUCCAGUGUCAGUGGUGGCCAAGUUAGGAUGGCUCCUCCUCCUCGGUAGUUUGGGCCAGUGCCUUGGUGCAGGUUGGUUAGUUUGACUGUCAUUGGAGGUAUGUGAAGAAUCGGUGCUUCUAAUGGCCUGAUAUAACCUAGCCUUUAGAACGUAGCGUCAGAGCAAGUUGCUUGUCACAGCUUGAGACAAGUUUGUCUUUCAGUGAUUAGCUGCAAGUUUGAGAGAAGCUACUACUCUGGUUCCUCUGUUUCUCCCCAUCUGUGAGACUUUUCUUCCCUUCAUUGCCUGAAGCUUCCUUUGGACUUCUGACCUGAGAAGGUCCUCAGAGUCCAAGGCAGCUGCUCUGUGAGACUUAUAUUUGUAUGUAGCUUUCUAAGAUCCUACUUCUAGGGAAAUUUUUUACGGUUGCUUAAUGUGUUUAUGCUUAAGUGUGCACUUUUUAAUUCUGAUGUUCCUUGUGGUGAUCCGUGUUCUCACACAAACUCAGAAUGCAAUAUUUUUAAUAACACUGCAGCAUUUUUCUUCACAUUAUCACCUUCACUGACUCCACUGAGUUGAACAGCAAGUGUAUGUAUCCUUCAGCACCCCCACCCAGUCCCUGUCAGGAAAGGAAGUGGAGGCGUUAGUGGCUGUGGCAGAGAUACAGAAAAUGAGGUGAGUGGAGAUAGUGCAGCUAUUUUUUGAGCUUGGGUAUUCAUACUUUUUAGUGACUUCUGACUCCCCUUCCACCUCCUUUUCUGUGGAACAAAUAGGAAUUUUGCACUAUCCUAGUAUUGGCAUCACGUAGAAAUAGGAGACGGAACUGCUUGAAAAAGGUGCAGAAACCGUUACACAGAAUGUACCAUUCCUUGGUCCAUUGAGUGCUGUUCCAGGUUCUAUAAGCUUGUGCAAACUCCUGGACUAGGUUUGUCACUAUUCGUUACCCUGGAGCCACCUCCUUAGGUAGUGACCUGCCAUCAUUUUCUGUAUUUCUUGCACAUUAAUUUAUGUAAUAUCCACAAUGGUAAUCUGUCAGAUACCUCCCAGUUCAUCUUUUGUCUGAGUUUUGAUGCAUACCACAUAUAUUCCAUAUCUGUACUUUUCCUGCAAGAUACACACGCUUAAGCUCAGCACAUCAUGCACUGUAUGCCAUCUUUGAGGCUUUCCAUUUACUAAGGGAUGCUGUGUAAAGUAAGCAACUAGUUUAAAGUAAUGUGCUAAAACCUGCUGCAGAAGGGAUUAUCCUUCAAGUUCUGUGGUACCAGUUAUUCCAAAUCACCGUUGUUCCCAUUACGCUUAGAAGUCUUGCUAAUAGAUCAGAAUAGAAAGUAUUUUUUAUGGUCAUUUUUCAUUUUUUGCUGCUUGAUUAACCCUUGAAUCAUCAGAGUUAGAACUGGAUAGCUUUUGGUUUUCCAGAGUAACUGUCAAACUUGAAAUGGAUUCUAUAAGCGAGUUCAUAAUAAAAUUACACAUGUCCUUGUGAGCACUUCAAAGAAAGUAAUACAGUUUUACACUGUGGCUAACACUUAAUUGAUAUGACAAAAUCACAUGUAGGUUUUCUAUAUCUAUUUCAUUGAGCCGUAGGUAUCUAUCCAUUACAUAUUAUUGUGAUUUCCUUGGUCAGUUUUUUUUUUUUCAAAACAUUUCAUUAUCCAUUAUACAUUACUAACAUUUUUUCCCCCAAGAAAUUAGAAGCAAGUAAAUACGGUUGUAUGUAGAUCCUUGCUUUGUGCUUCGUUGUGCCUUACUCUUGGUAGUACUGGCGAGCUAAGUUGAGCGAACGGUAGAGUGAUGGGUAGAAUCAAGCAGUGUAUGACUUCCAGAUUCAAAUACAUUUCUCUCUAAACUGGCUAUGGCAAUGAUGGGGAAUCUUUCUGUCUGCUAAGGGCCAUUUGGAUAUUUGUAACAUCAUUCUUGGCCAUACAAAAUUAUCAAUGUAAAAAUUAGCCUCAAAUUUGAAUCCUGCCUGUAAUGGUCUUAUUAGGUUCAGGUGAAAUGAUUUUGUGAAUAUUAUAUAACCUAUGUUUCCUACCCCUGGCCUAAGGGAACGUAGAAGUAUGGAAGGAAUUGAAAUAUCCAUAUGCCAGGCCAGGCAGAUGGACAGUAAGCUUACCUAUAGCAUAAAAUGAGAAAAGCCUUCCAGCUCAUUGCCGGUUUCCAGUCACUGUCCUGUGUUUCCUGUGACAGUUCUGGUUUUUCAACCCCCAUGUCCUCAUUCAUUCUUAAACCAGUAGAUAAUGUUAAGGCUGCUCUUUAGUUGGUGAUCUGGAUUUACUGAUACUGCAUAUUGUUGAAUUUUGUCUGUCUCUACUUUGGUUAAUGGAAACCGCCCCCCCCCCCCCAGCCAUCCCUGUCCGCUUCUGACUUUUCUUUACUGAUCUCUGUUUCCUUCCUCUCUUCACUGAGAAUAAUCCUCAUGUCUUAUUUUUAUUCAGUCCUUUUAAAAAAUUUACUCAUGUUUAUCCAUUUGAAUGACUUCCUAUUUUGCACUUUGUUGAGUUUUCCACAGGUGUCUGCACAACUUAGUAUUUGAAAACAACUCAACAUUCAGCUGUCUCGUUGCUAAUUUUUUUUAAAAAUAGGUAUCAUUGCUUAAUUGCUUUACCUUGAACACAACACAAUACUCCUAUGUAUCAUUUCCUAGCUGUGGAGUAAUCAUUUCAUCUUUCUCUGUUCUUCAUGUUUCAUGCUCCCACAUCUAGCUGUUGGUCCAGUUGCUGGUCUUCUCCUUGGUGCUUGGUCUUUUACAUUUCUGCCAUUCCCUGAUAGCCCUCUGUGCAGAUAAGGUCCAGGUUACGGGAAUUCUUGUUUUUAAUUUCCUUUGUAUCAUGAUCACCAUCUUGUAGGAUGCUCCUAGAAUGAUUCACCUUAAACUCUGUUUCUAGAUGUUUCAUUUUAACUCAGUAGUGCCCAACAGGUAAUUCCUGUCAGAGCAGUGGUGUUCUAGGUUCUUCAUGACCUUACCUCAACCUUUAUUACUCUUCGGCAGAUUCCACCCGAUUCAUGACAUUCAGACCUGCUGUAGCUUGCUGCUGCCUGACAAGCUCUCGCCUCUGUGCCUUUCUCCUGGUCAACUCUCCCCUCAAAGUCCAGCUUCUUUUAAUUUCUUCUGAAUAAGGUCUCCCUAAUUGACUUAUUAUAUUGAACCCUUCCUAACGGUGUUGUUUAAGCACUUUUGAGUUUGUACAAUGGCCCAUGCACUGGCUAGUAUUGUUUUUAUAAUUAUUUUCUAGCAUUAAUAUUGUAGUUUCACAUUUUAUUUAUUUCCAAAAUUAAAUUGUAAGCUCCUUGAGAGCAGGAAUAAUAAUUUACAUUUGUAGCUUUGUACUCCUUCGUGCCUAGUACAGUGCCUAGCACAUAGUAGGCAUUUAAUAAUAAAUGUUGAAUUGUUGUG